AUGGAUCCAGUCGUUCAGAAGCUGAAGGCACUGGGAUGUGAUGGGUCCAGAGAUAGUGUGAACGACCAGCUUAACCAACUGAAGCAGAAGAAGCGAGGCAACGCAGAAGAGGCAGCCCGAGAUGUUCAGGAGAAAUUCGUUGACUUCUCCUCUCUCCUCACGUGCAUUAACAGAAUGAUAUCUCUUACGAAGUCCAUCGACUUUCAUAGCGAGAAGUUUAGUGCUCUCACGGAAAAGUCAAUGGGAGUUUUUUCGGAUGUGAUUGCGCGCUGCAAGGCUAGAGACCAGCUUCAACUCAAGUACGAUCAGGCUAUGCAGCACGCCGAUUUCUUUAAACUAUCAGACGAAAUGGCGAGCUGCAUAUCCCUGGUUGAUUAUAUCGCUUCUGCUAACCAAGAGGACUUGAGGAUGUACUUGCAAUAUCUCAUCUCCCUCAAGAAUAAGUACUUCUAUCUCGAUAUGAAGGCAGCUAGCAAGGUAGAACUUCUCUCAACGGUAUUGACUCAAUUGGGACAACAGAAUGCUAUUCUUGGAGAAAAUCUAAAUAUGUUCUUGACACGGAUAGAUAUAAAGAAGCUAGAAGACUCCAACAUAUCUUCGAUCUUUGGUCAAAACGCAGUUGCGACGAAGCUCGUUCCAGAAAACUCUCAAAUCCUGAAUAAGAAGCUAAUGGACUUUGCUCCACGAUUCGAGACCUUACUCUACAAAUUUAUAGUUACGGAAGAAAUAGCGUUUGAUCCAAAGAUUUCUUUAAGCACCUUUGGAAAGCUAUGUAGCUAUGGUUAUACAUUCUCCGGAAACUUUAAGGAUGUCUUUAGUGACGCGAUUGUCUCUGAUGUCUUUCCCUUUUCUCUGUCUCUGACAACUGCGCUACCUUGGGACGUAAGGUAUGGCUUGGUGCAACGUAUUUCCUUUACAGGAAUGGCCGGUCUUUUGAGCGAGGAAAUACUGCGUCUCAUCCUUCUUAUUAUCUACAACCAGAUUGUGUUUGUUUUUUCCCUUAAUUACAUAUGCAUUGAGUGCACUCUUGAUGACGUAGAGCCUACCCUCCGUUCACCACCAGACUCUGCUCAAUCGACUCUUGACUCUCCACAGCGCCCUCCAAUGUCUCCCCUAUCGAAUGCAGGAUCUUCCAUUUCCGCUAUUAAGUCAGGCCUAAUCUCUAGCGAGCCAAGCCCGAUACCGAAACAACUCUCUAGUUCUCUUGUCUCGCCAGGUGGGACACAGCAGAAUAUAUAUUGUUGGUCCGAUUUUUUACUGUACGUCGGACUAAGGCCAAAAGAGCUCAUCCGUACCCAGAACAUGUGUUAUAUUGGACCGAUCUUAGAUCAGAAGCAGAUCCAGAUUCCAUUUGCAAAGGAGCUUCCAUUAUUCGAGCAAAUUGGGGACUCUUCAUUCUCUAGUCUUAUUUUGCAAUUGCUUCAUAUGAGCUCACCCAUCUCAACCUUACUAGCAAGCAAGCUUCAAAAGCCCGUCGACUUUUAUUUUGCAACAAUGCGGUAUUUCAUCGAUGGAUUGGGAUUUCUUGUCCGAACAAUCCCCGGACUGACCCAAGGCAUUGUAGCAUACAUCGUCAAUCUGCUUCUGAAGCAGAUUGCUCAAUUUGUUACUACACGCAGAACAGACAUAAUAAUCUUCAAUUCCAUUUGCCUUGAUGCGCUAAAUGCUGGAUAUCAUCUUCUAGAUGUUCUCGGUACACUGGGAGCAGGGUAUUCGAGAAUCAGCAAAGGAGCUUUUCAAUUUAUCUCUAGCCUAGAGGCAUCUGUAUUGAAGUCCUAUCUAUUCACUGCGCAAUCUGUUGCUAGAUCUAUCGGGACAUGUUCAGUCGUCAAUCCGUCGACAAUUCUUCGUGAGGGUACGCUUCCAGUAUGCUCUGUAGAUUCUCCCGAGCAGACCCCCCAGAUGAUGAGUCUUUCUCCUACUCUAAAAAUGGCUAAAGGACAGUCUUUCUCAGCAGAUGUAGCCUCAGACAUUAAAGGCAAUGCAUUUAUUCCCUUAGCAACAACUGUACGCAAUGAUGCAGCCUACUUAGCAUAUGAUUAUGGAAUUCUUAGGCAUGUCUAUUCCAUUUAUACUGGAGCUAUAAUAAAGCAAUGGGAUCAACGUGCCUCUAAUAACCAUAUAUCUGAACAGUCCAUUUCGCUGUGCAUACUCGCGAUUCUAUCUCUUUUGGAACAUGCUACGCUCUUUGUGUCCAGAAUGAAAAGCUCAACCGUGGAAGAUCUGAUAAGGGCCUUUUUGACUAUAAUCCAGGGAUAUAUGGGUGGGGCUAUCUUUAGCCUCCAUCUACUGAACGAAUACCAGUCGAAGACCUCCAGUUUUGAGCUGGGCAAGACUCGGAUAGGUGUACUUUCCGAUGCACAGCAGCCUAAUCAGUCUAACAAUUCGCUUCACUCGUUGAACUUUGAGGCACUUGAUAAGUCUUUUUAUAGAAAGCUAUUUGCCCAGCAUACGGCUCAAAGUAUAGAAGCUUCUCUUCAGCAGCUCAUUACUGAUAGUUUUAUUGUCCAAAGAAAUCUUCUCCCUCUUCUAGCAUCGAAGUUUGAUAUCAAUAUAGAGCUUUCCGCCAGCGCGUCUCUUCUAGGCCAGUUAUUCCUAGGGGUUUCGCUUCUUGACGAGCUACAAUAUUCCAUUGAAACCGCUAGCUCAUACUAUUCUGCAGACGCUAUCAUGGAGAUUCGCUCAGAGCUAGACACGUCGCAGCUUGUAGAUUUCUCUUUGCACAAGACACGCCAGUCCUAUGCUUUUGCUAGAAAUUGUUUUUCAGCAGAAAACAAGCCUGCAGACUAUGCAAAUCUAUAUUCGUUUGAUGAAUCUGGUGCAUUUUUCAGAGCUUGUCAGUCGACCUUUUUGGUUCUUAACACAGCCACAGAGUGUUACCUAGAGUUUCUACUGUAUAGUGUUUUCAGUGAAAUUGAUGAGUUGGUGCUUGAUAUACGGAAGCCUAAAAGUAUUGCUCUCUCUGGCGUGACAUACUCUUCUCUAAAUCAAAGAGUGGCGGCUGCUCUUCACAAAGAAGCAACUGAAACGAUAGUUAAUCCGGGGUCUAUUGAAUUCACUCCUCUUAUAAAUCAAAUCUUCUCAGUUGGAUGCUUACAUAAUGUUCUGGUGGCCGUUUCUAGAAUCAAGAAUAAGUUGGUACAGAACAAACUCAUCGACUGCUCCUCUAUGUGGUUGGGCGUCCGAGAGCGCAUGGUUUCAUACUUGAAGUAUUGUACGUGUGAUGUUCUGCCACUCUUGAAGGAAACAAAUUAUAUUAGCUUCGUGUUAAUCUUCAACUUUUUGUUCAAGGUCUUCUCCAACAGGGAGAUGCUAGAGUCAUGUAAUGAAGUUUCUGAGAUUCAAAGCACUCUUGAGCUUGUUAGUCAAACCUUACAAUUGAAAUUCAAACGGCUUCUGGAAGCUUAA